AUGAAGACCAGGAAGAAGCAGGAGGAGCAGAAGAAGCAGGAGCAGAAGAAGAAGAAGAGGAUGAGUACAAUGAUGAGGAUCAAUGUCAUGAUGAACAGAGGGAUGAAGAGGAUGAUGCUCAUGGAUCAUCCUGUCGAAGCCGGUGCCCCAAAAUCACUGCUAGUGAUGAGGAGGAUCAUCAUCAGAGACAUCGUCGCCAUCCAGAACAGAGGGAUGAAGAGAAUGAAACUCAUCAGUCAUCCCAUCGAAGCACCCCUGGGCCAGCAUCUAGUGACGAGGAUGAUGGACCUCUGCAUCAUCGACAAGGAGAAAUCAGACAUGGAGAAUGGGAUCCAGAUGAUGAUAUUGAUGGGAAUAACAUUUGCAUUCGGGGUGUCCACACAUCAAGAGAUGUCACAUUGGGGGAGUUUGUUCAAGAAUGUAGUCAACUUUGGAUGCAUCAGAAUGUUUCAACAAGGAGCAUCGCAUGUCAUGGAAAGUAUCUCUGCUAUGUAUUGUGUGGAGAAUAUGGCAAGGAUCAUUACAUCAAUCUCACCAUGGCUGAUGCUUAUAGAACAGCAGUGGUGGGACCGUGAAAUGCGAUGGAUGCCUCGCUCUGUGGAUGGACCAUGCACAGGCUGGUACCAUGAACUCACAGCGGUCCCUCUUGUGCAUGGUCCAUGCACUUUGGUAGGGGGCAUGUCUGUUUCGCAGUACAUCAAGUCUAUGGCCAUUUGCAUAUGA